AUGAAGGUCAAAGAAGGUGGUUCUCCUGUGGGAAAGUACCGAAAGACCCGCCUAAACAACACCCAUGAUGGCGAGAACGAUCACUGGCUUUUGAGCGGUGAGAUGGCAGUGAACACGGUGAUGGCCUUAUUUGGGCCUUAUAACCAAAACAAGAUGACGCGCCGCUUUAUGAACUACAAAAUCCUGACUGAGGUAUUGCACUUUCGUGGUGCAAUUGAUGUUCGACAAAGUGGUGAAUUCGGCAUCCUCGGUUCCUUUCAUUCGGCCAGUCAAAUGGCUACUACGGACGAACCCAAACGCCUGGAUGUCUUACGCAAGCCGCCGAGGCGGUGA